UGACAGCGGCACUCAGCCUUAUCCUCUGCCCCCCCCCCCCCCUAACACGUCCUUACACCCCUGGCUCCCUCAGCAUAAGCCCUUCCCCUCAGUCCUGCCUCCCAGCCCUUUGCUUGACUAGGACUGGGGUGACAUGUCAAGCAGUGUGUGCCUGUGCGGCGAAGUGAGACAACGGGCGUGUUUUUGAGGCCUCUGCUUGCGGCGCGUCGGGGUAUAUAACAACGAGGAAUGAGCGACAAGACAAGCCUCCUUGUGACCUCCAUUUCGACCACCUUCGCGAUGACUGACGUCCAGGACCCCCCCUCGGCGCCGAACUGGGCUCUCCUGCUAACCGCCGUGGUCGCGGUCAUCAUCUCCAUCCUGGGCUUCUUCGGGAACCUCCUGACGAUCCUCGCGCUGCCGUACUCCCUUCGCCUCCGCAACGCCGCUACCUGGUUCGUCGUGAAUCUCGCCGUGGCGGAGGGCAUGUUUUGCGUCACCAUCCUGCCCAUGUCCGCUGCUCACCUGUUCUACCUGUACGUCACCGGGGAGGGCAUGUUUACGUCGAAAGGCUGCAGCGCCUUCGUUUUUCUGCGCUACGUCAACAUCCAGGCGGAACUGCUGUCUAUAGCGGCCAUCGCGGUUAACAGAUGUGUGUUGAUUGCGGUUCCCAAGAAGUACCCGAAAGUCUACACGGGAGCCAAGACUAUCAUCAUCAUAGCGGCAAUCUGGGCUUUCUCCAUUUUCCUCAUGCUAAUUCCCCUCCUCAGGAUCUACGGCCACCUGGGCUACAACAGGGACACGUACGAGUGUGACUUCAUGGAGGACACGCCCGCGAAGCAAGGUCCGAGGAAACUCUUCUUGGGCAUAGGAUUCUUGCUUCCUUGCAUCGUUAUCAUUGCUUCGUAUUCGUAUAUUUUCUAUAAGGCGCGGCAAAGUUCAGCCAAGGUUCAAGCGCGGAGGAAUAACAGCCUUAACAACAGUGUCAAUGGUGACGUCAGAAACAGCCGCCCGGCAGAAGGACUGAGGUCACGUGACAUCCGCAUCGCUCGUACGAUUGGCGUGAUUUUCUUGGUCUUUCUCGUCUGCUGUAUGCCCGUCUCCAUCGUGCAUUAUCUCUACAAGAAGCUUCAGACACCAACACUCCUGCUCCUUCUGCACCCUUUGUAUUGGGCGCAAUAUUGCAUCAACAUCUUCAUCUACGUGUUUAUGAAUCGCCAGUACAGAGACGCCUACGUUAAUUAUAUCUCCAGGUGGUGGCCGGACUUCAGGGAGCUCUCCCGCCGCAACUUCAAGUGGAAGGAGGAGCCGACGAGCGACAGCGGCCGGAGAGUCUCUCGCGCCAACACCCCCAGCAGCGUCGUCAAAUUCGCCACCCGCAAGAACUCCGCGAAGUCCUUCAGGAGCCCCAUCGACCCGCCAGGGACGCCGAGAGCGGGCGAGAAAGCGGGGACGCCGAUGCUCUCCGAUACACGCAUCUAAAAGGGCACGUCUUGUGGAGGGACGCGGAGAGGAGACAGGAGAAGGGAAUGCGAAGGUUGUAUGGUGGGGGGAAGGGGAAGGAUCAUUAGGGACAGGAGGAUAAAUGAAGGAAUUAAAAAAAACAAUGCAGAGAUGUGUAUAUUCAGAAAGAUUAUGAUGAUAUUCGCUUGCUGCUAAGAGAAUCCUGGCGUUUCAGAACAAAACCCUAUUUUUGUAAAAUCUCUGUAAACAGGAUAUUUCUCCCUCAGUAAGCACACGAAACGCUGAACCAAGUAUAUAAAGGUGAACGAAAAUAACUUGUAAAAAUGAUGUACAGGAGUAGGAAUAGCCGGAAAUGUUGUAUUUUUUCCAUUAUAUAUUUACUCUUGAUUUUCUGAAUCGAGAAAAAAAUGUGUUUUUGUACAUAUUUUUGUAUAUAUUAAUAGCGUUUUUUUCAGAAAGUGCUAAUCAUAUUAAGCCGUGAAUAUUUUAUGUAAUUGAUGUUCAUAUUUCUUCUUCAACUUGUAACUCUUUCCAUUCCUCUUCCUCUUUUCCUUUAUCCUUCUCUUCCUUCUUCUCCUACCCCUCCUCCUUUUUCACCUGUCAAAUCAAGGACACCCCCUCAGAGUUGAUUUUAGAAUGUGAAUCCACGUCAAUUCACACUCAAAGAGAAUACUCACUGAAGGGGUGUUCUUAAUAUUUUUUUUUCCUUAUCCUAACUGCGUUAAUUGUAAGUAUGGGAUCUACAGUGUUAAUAUAUAAUGGAUGCUCUUUAUAUUGUAGAUUUUUUUAAUACAAGAAUGGUAGAACAGAUGUAUUUAUAUUUUCUGAUUCUAUUUGUACAAAGUUGAUCUCUUUUAUGCACAUACUCCUGAUAUCUGCUGAAUAAAAUGUGUAAAUGCA